GCAGAUGACUGCUGUUCCUUCAGAAGUAACGUGCUCCUAGUCUUCCUGGCCAAUGAUUCUUCUACAGCAAGCAGGAUUUCUUCCUCAUCCCGAGAAGCCUUCAUCUCUUCCUAUGUCAGUGGCUACAAGGCCGAGGGCCAACUCGCCACUGUCCCCGCCAAAAUCUGUCGGACUGGGGCCUUCCUUUCAUCACACACAAGAAGAAGAGCUCCCAAAGGUUGUGGAGCAGGACGCUAUACUGGAGGAGCUAUGCAAGCCUCUGUGCUGUAAGCUUUGCAAUGUCACUCUGAAUUCGGCCCAGCAAGCCCAGGCUCAUUACCAGGGUAAAAACCACAGUAAGAAACUCCGAAACUACUAUGCUGCCAAUAGCUGUCCAGCACCUGCCAGGAUGAGUAAUUCGGUUGAACCUGCCCCGCCUCAGGUUGUCUCUCUGCCAGCCCAGAUGGGAUCCAGUAAACCAGGUGGCAGAGUGAUCCUGGCCACAGAGAACGAUUACUGCAAGCUUUGUGACGCCUCGUUCAGUUCUCCGGCGGUGGCACAGGCUCAUUACCAAGGGAAGAAUCAUGCCAAGCGGCUGCGUCUUGCAGAAGCACAGAAUAACUCAUUCUCGGAUGCAUCAGAACUAGGCAAACGGAGAGCAAGGAAAGAAGGAAAUGAAUAUAAGAUGAUGCAGAAUAGAAGAAAUAUGUAUACAGUUCAGAACAACACAGGUCCCUACUUCAAUCCCCGCUCACGCCAGAGGAUUCCUCGGGAUCUGGCCAUGUGUGUCACUCCCAGCGGCCAGUUUUACUGCUCCAUGUGCAAUGCUGGGGCCAGUGAGGAGAUGGAGUUCAGACAGCACUUAGAAAGCAAACAGCAUAAAAGCAAGGUGUCUGAACAGCGGUAUAGGAAUGAGAUGGAGAACCUAGGCUAUGUACAAUGACACGCCACCCUUGGCAGUAGUUUGCAAAUAGAGCAGCUUGUCUCUCGCCUGCUGUUUGCCACAUGCCCUGCUUUGUGCUCCAUUUGAUAGGAGUAUGCUCUCGAGCUAUACAUGUAACACCUGCAACCUUAAUGGUAUGGUUAGAUUUUUUUUCUAUCAUAGUUGGCAGGAUGACACUGUGCAGGACAUAAAGUGUUUUGAUGUUUGUUUGCUAGUUAUCUAAGGCUCUUCAUUGUAUCGAGUGGGGGGACUCUGUCUUCUCCUCAGCCUUCUGCAUGAACAUGCAAAGUCCAAGAAGUGCUGGGAACUUCUGUGAUUCUGCCACAUGGGUGGAUCUUGUGCAAAGCCCAUUUCCCCUUGGUGUGCCAGAGAGCAGUGCUCCUGAAUGUCUUGUUAGAGCAAGGUGAAUCUCUGGGCAGCUUGGAAGAGAGGGAUGGGAAUGGGGCCUGCAAAUGUUUUUUAGAUGGUUUAGUUGUCCACAAAUUGCUGCUGUGGCCCCUAUUGCAGCCCACAGGAAGUUCUUCCCACAUCCCUGU